AUGCCACAGUCUGCAGCACGGCUCAGCGCGAACGAACCACAGCCGUCUCAGUCUCAGAACGACUCGCGCUAUUCGCAAAGAUCAGCAGGUGAAGCGCAUCAAAGUGCCAGUCAGCUCAGCUCUUCGAUGUCAGAGCAGCUGCAGCGUGAGACGCAAGCUCUCUUGCACAGCUCCGAGAGCCUUGGUACCCUGCUUCAGAGUCAGACUUCAUGCAUUCCCGACUUGGUAGAUUGGCGCCUCCCAGCGCACUCACCUCUGCCCCUUACCGACAGCUUCAGCCACAGCAGCUCGGGCAUCCCGGAUGCCCACAAUGCGCACUCACAAUCCAGCUUUGGCCCCUCGUCGCAGGCUCCGUCUUAUUUAGCUUGUUCUCUGGCUCCUCUCAAUACUCUUGACGGAUCGCAGUCGCAGUCUUCGAACCAGCUGGCAGGGCUACCACAGUCCAGUACAGCUGCUUCCCAAAGCGCUCUCGCUAGUGUCAAAGCAAGUGAUCUCCGCAAGCUGAUCUUCUCAGAAACGCACAGGCACUUGGUGGCGUUCGGAGAGCGGCUAGAUGGUGUAGCUCGCGAUAUGACGGCUCAUCAAACGCAAUUGACGCAUGCACAGAGAGAAGCUUGGACAUCCGCAAAGGAAGACAUCGCCGCUUUGGCUACUCAUGCCAAAUCAAAAGGGCCCGCCGACGGUGGCGGCGUUUCUAGUCGCAAAGAAGCCGAUCCUGCAGCUCUGCGAGCACUCAAGAAAGAAGUAUCAACCGGAUUCGCCGAUUUGCACGACCUUUUGGCCGAGGUGCAGAAGUCGGUCAAAAUCCAUGCAACGGCCUUGAAGAAAUCUAACAAGCACGAGCAGUCUCUGAAGGAAAUUCUGCAGAACCAACGCAAUCAGCAGCUGCGCGACGAAAGCAUUCAAGCAACUCUACAUGACAUUCAAUUGGCACUGCAGAACAUUAGCCAGACACAAGCCGCGCAGAGCGACGCAUUCGCGCCCUUGGCCAGCUUUCGCGGUCUUGCCGCACUACUUACUGCUUUGCCAGCUCAAUUGAACCAUCACGUCGAUCAAAUAAGAUCAGUGGCUCGCAGUGAUUUGGCUGUCGUUCCCCCUGCAUCUACGGAGCUCCGAUCUGCAAGCUAUGCUAGACCAGACUCGAUACCUCCGGAAGUCUUCAAAAAUCGUGCUUCGGCGGCAACAGGCAAAAGCACCCUGCCAAAGGCAGGAGACGCAGUCAGUGACCGCUCCAAAGGCAUAACGGCCACGAGCCCAGGCGCCUUUCGAUCUGUCGGUCUGGAUCCUUCCAUCAGCCGACAACAGCCCCGCAGGCUUUCACGCAGAGCAACAUCGGUGGUGCUAGUACGUCAUCAAAAAUUGCUCGAAGCGUCGAGCAGCAAGAGCCGCAAUGAAGAAAACACACCUAUCAAGCCUCUGUCGAGUACUCCACGCGAUGUGCAGAUCUCAUCAAGCAAGAAGCGUCGCAUCGUCCUUUCAGAAGACGAGAAUGACGCACAGUAAUCCGAUCAGAUCUGCAAAGCUCUUCUCGAAGAACGGCUCAUGAAACACUAUCAGUAGCUAUCGACCACGAAUUACAUACGCAGAUCUAUAUGCGCAUCAACGAAUACCGGCAUGGUGCGCCUCUUCCACUCUACGACAGCACUUCCGUACCAUUCGUACUCACCACCCUGUAAUCAAUCCCCCCCCUACAAUCACGCCAUGAUCCACGCGCAAUUCCCAUGAUCGUAC